AUGCAGGUAUCACAACAAUCUCUUGAUUUUGCUGCUGAAAAUCAUCUGCCAUCGAUACAAAUUGAGUUGGAACCAAAAGUGAAACAACAACCAGAAGGAGUUAAAUUGGUAAAUGAAUUUUUCAAACAUGUAGAAACAAAAUUUCGUGGCGAUAAUAAUAACAGAAGUAAAUUAUUGGCAUUUGAUUAUUGGUAUUUAGAGAAACAAGGAGAUUUGAUUUGUUUUACAAAAGAUGUUGAUCUAUUUGUUUAUUUCUGUAAUAAAGAUAAUUAUCCAGAUAAAGUGUUAAAUAUUAAUUUGAAGCCAAUAUUGCCAAACGCCUUCCAUCACAAUAUUCUAUUAUGCUGA